CAUUCCAGGUCGGACUGGUUUCUCUAUGACUGCCGCCUCCUCAGACACGUGGCCCUUGGCCUUUUCUGCUGUGGGAUCUCUGUCUACUUAGCAGCACUGUCCAUCUAUGCCUUGCUACUUUUCGAGAUCGAGACAGGCGCAGCAGCCGCUUCCAUCCUCGGCUCGGGCGCCCUGGUUCUGGUGGCUGUGCUGACCCACACUCUCCUCCGGGCUGCUCGGGCCACCCGCCGUGGGCUCCAUGAGUUGUCCCCGCCAUCCUUUGAAGAUGACCUCACCCGCCCUGCUGAAGUCUCCAAGGCCAGCCCCAGAGCUCAGCCUCAGCAGGAUGAGGAAACCGAGGCCCCAAGAGAGGCAGUGACUCACCAGGGGGCCCACGGCCAGGACUGAGCACCAGAGCCAGGAUCCUCACCUGAACCCCGUAAUCGCCAGGCUGCUGAUAUGCAAAUCUCAGACUCUGCAAAAUCCGCUGCGCCCCCUUGGGCUGUGAACAUUUCAAACCCAUGUGUGCCAAGCUUGGAGCAGCCCAGGGCCAGAGGCACGGCUGGAGGGCUGGACCCAGGUUCCUGGCUGUGGACUCAUGGCUGAGGGCUUAGCCGCUUUGUGCCUCAGUUUCCUCAUCUGUAAUAUGGGGACAAGAAGUGGCCCUGUCUCCAAGGGCUCAGACGAGACACAUGACUUCAUGUAAGGCAUUCUGGGGACCCCCACACAAUAGGUCCUCGAUGCGUGUUAAUUGUUCUCAUGCUGCUGCUGCUUGGGGUGUAGACAUGGGUAGUUCCUGGGGCUCAAGGAAAUAACAGAGGGGUCUCCAAAGGUCUCCUGUCUUGCACAACCCACAAAUAAACUCCGAUGUUCAC